AUGUCUUUAGCAACCACCUUGAGUAAAAACGACCAGUUCGUCCUUUCAACUAUUUUGGGCGGAGGUGAAGGGCCUGCUAUCGAGUUCAGCAACCCUAACAAAAGAAAAAUAGUGGUAGACGUGGAAAUGCAGCCAGACAGGCAUAUUAAAGAGGUCGAACCUUUAGUAGAAAUGGAGAAAACUGCCAUCAAACUCAUCGAAAAUCAAAAAGAUUAUGAACGGGCAUCUGCGAUAUUAGACUCAAUUAUCAAGCAGGAACCCAAUUAUGCAUCAGCCUAUAACAACCGAGCACAGCUUAAACGGCUUUUAAUUUCUAAUGACGCAAACGAAGAAUCUCAGUUCAAUAGCAUCAUUGACGAUUUAGAAAAAGCUAUCAAGUUAGCUGAGCCUGAAGGUAAAAAUUCAGGACUUGAUAUCAUAGUAUCAAAGAUGCAGGCAACUCUGCUGCAAAAUGCAUAUACACAGUUAGGGGCUAUAUAUAUCAAAAUGGCUGGGAUCCCUGCUAACGCCGAUAGAGCAUGGAACUUUGAAGAAAAAGCGAGUCAAAUGUUGUAUCGUGCUGGCGAAUAUGGCAGUGAAUUGGCCAAGGAACUAUCGUCGAAAGUAAAUCCGUAUGCAAAGCUAUGUGGUAACAUGGUGCAGGAAGCACUGGCUAGGGAACAGCGGAAUCUUUACCAAUAA